CUAGCUGGGAACAAGCUAGCAUGUGUUAUGCUAACAUGCUAGUAAUUAAUGCUAAAGGACAUGCUAAUGCUAAUGCUAACGCCACCGGUGCCAUUAAUUAAUAAUUUUAAAAAAAGUACCGACCCACAUAAACUUUACGCCAUCGUUUGCGUAAAUUCGUGGAUUCAAUGUCAAAAAAGAGUUUACCCACGGUACGUGUAACUUGUGAAAUACUUACGCCCCGGGUUCGUCACAGACAGCAAGUACAGGAUGAGCCCGGCUACGAGUGCUGCGUCAUGCGGGCUCCAGUGGACAGCAAGCGAAGAGCCGGGCGUACUGUCGGCUCACCACCGCCACCACCACUCGGUCAUCUCAAGAAUGGACUCCUCUGGCUCAGGGGACAAUCAAUUUUCACCCGGAGCCCGAAUUCAUUCUAAGUCAUCCGGCUACGACGUGUUGUCAGUGCUCGGACGAGGCGCCUUCGGUAAUGUUGUCAAAUGCCGGAAGACUACUGACCAUAAGACGGUGGCGGUGAAAACUAUCAAGAACCACGGUACUUCAGCCAAACGGGCCAUAUAUGAGAUUCUGGCCCUGCUUAAAAUCAAAAAGAUGGAUGCUGACAAAUGCCACUUUGUGCAAUGGAACAGCAUCUUCAGCAUCACAGGGCAUGUUUGCAUUGAAUUUGAGCUUCUGGACAAAAGUCUAUACGACUUGAUUAAAGAACGGAAUUUCAGACCGCUGCAGCUAAAGGAGAUCAGGCCCAUUGUCUAUCAGUUGGCAGAAACACUGGACCAUCUGAAGGCUUCUCAGAUCAUCCACGCAGACCUCAAGUUGGAGAAUGUAAUGCUGGUCAACCACGUGCAGCAGCCCUACAAAAUUAAAGUCAUCGACUUUGGCCUGGCUGCCCACGUGUCCACUGCCAAACAGGGCUCGCUUAUUCAGACGCUCCCUUAUCGGUCUCCAGAGAUCUUGUUGGGCGCCCCUUUCACAGAAGCAAUAGACAUCUGGUCCAUAGGAUGCAUCGCAGCUUUUUUAUACACUGGCACUCUGCUCUAUCCUGGCAAAAAUGAAUACGACAUGAUCAGGUUCAUUGUGGAGACUCAAGGUCUGCCUCCAGAUAAUGUUCUAGAAGCUGGACUACAGACCAGCUGCUUUUUCCAGAUGGAACACAACUUUUCUUGGAAGCUCAAGACACCAGACCAAUACCAGAAAGAGACCAGUUUGGUCCCCAAAGAGACCAGACGAUUUAAGUUCAACUCACUUGAUCGCCUUUUGCAUUUUCAGCCUGGCAUCUUGAACACCAGGCACAUCGCAAACAAAGCUGCCAAGACGGCCGACGUGCAGAAGUUCGUAGAGCUGCUCAAAGGAUUGCUGCAGCUCGAUGCCUCCCAACGUCUGACACCUCGCCAGGUGCUGGAGCACGACUUCAGCAGCAUGAGCCACUUAGACCCGCUUCACGGCACCAGCUCUCACGUGCAGUCGUGCUUUCACAUCAUGUCCUUCUGCUCCAACAAGACCACUCUACAAUCCUUCGGCGGUAAAGGAUUCGACUCGUCAUCACUGAGCGAGCCUCACGACGACGAGCAAUGCUGUAGCCCCACAUCACCAGAACCGUACGAAAUCAUUGCCAAAGAAGAGCAGUCGGACCCAAGUUGACGUCAAACGGCCAGGGAUGAACAGGUUGACGGGUUGGUGAAGAGGAGGGGAUAGUAUUUUCUGCCUUUAGUCUUCUCUUCAUCCUUCUUCAGUAACAGCUGUCAGCUCUCCCCCAAUCACGUUGUGUGGAAAUGAAUAUUGGUGGUGGUCUGAAGCGCCAAAUAGCUGUAACUCACAGCAAGUGUCUGAACGAAUUAGUAGGUAAAAUGUGGUAAAAUCGAACUUGUGUUAGUGAGCAGCUAUUUCCCGAUUCAUCUGUAGUGAGGAUAUUUCCUGUUACAUAGAUGACUAUUCCAUAAACCGUUUCUUUCACAGGAUCCAUAAACCGUUUCUUUCACAGGAUAUCUAGAUCCUGACCAAAAUGUAAAAUCUCCUUCCUAGACUGCCACCUCUUUUGUGGAAACUGUUGUUUAAUCCUGCUAACUGUACCGUCACAGUAUUUUCUGUACUAAUAUGUUAAAAUAGCUGCACACCACAAAGCGACUUUGUCUAUGUUGUGGUUUACCAACGCAAAUUCAAAGUCUACGUUAUAUGUCCUAUAGCCUAAUACUAAGUGCACUUUGGGCCUUCUGAUAGCUAAUAACCGGGCCAUUAAAUGGACCGGUAUCGUGCACGGCUGUGUCUGCAGCUUCAUUCUAACCGCCCUCCUCGCCCCAUGUCCUGUCUCUCUGCACCUAGCCUUUUAAUCCUCCAAUAAAACCCAUCUUAUUCUCACCGCCACCGAGGUGUCGGCGUCUGCCGUUGGCGCCAGGAAAUGAACAAUCCCCCAAACACGCUUCUUGAUGAAUGUAGUGUUUCAUCACGUUGGUGCCCAUGCCUCUGAUUUGUGUGCAGGGAGACUUGCACUGGAGGCUUAGCAGAUGAAUAGUCCUUGCCUGGGAGCUGCUUAGUCCGUGGCACACACGGGACUGGCUGGCUAUGUUGCAAUGCGACAGCUGGUUGACGACAACUGGUAGUACAUUAUGCAAAUGAGAGCAACUCCUCAACUUGGAUCGUUGUCGUUGCUUAGACUCAUGCAGGACUUAGUGUAAAUAUGUGGACGUAGGUAAGAGGUGGUGGUUACUACUGUUCAGUCUUUUGUAUCAGUUUGUUUGGUCGAUUUUCCUUAGUCUGUCCAUCAGUUGGUCUGUCCAACGCCAUCUUUUCUGUCUGUCUACACCUCUGUCCGUCCAAUGGAUGAGCUUGACAGACCAAUCGCCAAAAACAGAUGGAUCUGAGAGCUUGUCCAUCUAUCUGUCUGUAUUUCUGUCGAUCAGUUGGCUGGUCCAUUCACGCCUACUAAAUGUUUGUGCGUCCGUCUUUGUCAGGCAGUUGGUCUUUUGUGUGUGUGUGGCAUGCUUAGCCAUUUAUUUUUCUCGAGUCCUCCAGGAAAAAAACUUAGUAGCUUAGCAUGGUAAAUAGACGUGUUUGUUGCAGCUUGCUCUUAAAAUAAUCUUGUUGUUCAAAAGCAACUGUUCUUACUUGUUUGCACUAAUUUUUGUGCAUUUGGGAUCCCCAUAUGUCCCGAGUCCGACAAUUUGUAAAACCAAGGAGGCAUGGUGGAGAUAUUUAUAAAACAAGCUUGCCUUCUUCCAAACUUGCUUCAAACAAGCCGACUGGAAUUUGAGACAUUAGUGACGUAUUUUGCAUUAAUUACGUCAGCGGAUAUCUCCAUACAUGGUAGAUGUUUACCCAAAGAGCUUUGCGCGAGUCUGUCAUUUGUAUUUAGUUGUCCAUCCUCUUGUUGUGGGGCAGACUGGCCCGUAUAUGUUCACGCAUAGAAACAUUUUCCGUUGUUGCCUUUUCUAAUACAAAUUAGUGUAUAGUUCGACCUUAUCGUUCAGUAGACUCGAUAAUAGAAGCCCUGAAAACUACUACAUGCCUGAAGGGGUGGAGGCGCAGUUAUAUAAGGUUUGGCCUUGAGGAGGAUUUCAGCAUGUAAAUAAGACCGCCCACAAAACGACGCAUUUUUAAGAUGUGUACAAUAUGUAUGCAGAAUUUUGACCAAAGAACCACUAUUACAUGUAAGGAAGUGUUUGAAAUGUAGAAACAAAAAUAUUAUGACUCCCUUUAAAACAUUGUUAUAAUGUAUCUAAAGCCUUUAAAACAAUGUUAAAUUUUAUCUACAAUUCGCACAAUCAGGGCACAAACUAAAAUGCAAGUUUUAAAAAAGCACAGAUGUGUAAAGAUGCAUGGAGCUGCCUCUUUAAAGCCUAAAUGGAAUGAAGCCAUGAUUAAUGUCAUUGCUAAUAUAUCAAAGAUGAAUGUUGACUACGCUUUAUUACAUAUUAGCAGUAGUUGAAACACACUCUAUUUAUGCAACCCUCUGGUUGUGUCUUUGUGUUUUUUCCCGCACUCCACAGGGAAGACAAUUAAUUUUAAAGACAGUGGUGUUGCUCCAAAAUCAUAAUUUGCACAUCAAACAGGCUCCACCUUCAUCCUGCUCUAUUUGCAUACAAUUGCACAAAAGGUACAUCAAUGUCAAGUAGAAGCCUUCAUUCCAUGUUCUUCUGUGCAGGGAUGCUGAGGUCGGCACACCUGAGGUGCUUAAAGCAAAGCGGCAAGCUGGAUGUUGAGUGUAAACAAAUGAUGGGAGCCUGCCAGGCGCGUGCCAAUUCUUUUGUAACGGUGCUAUCAAGAGUAAAAGCUUCAAAUAUACAAUUAUCAGAGGGAAGAGAAACAAGUAAGUCAAAUUGUUUUCUAAGGAUUAAUUAGCUUUAUUGCCUAAAGUGAAAGCAGAUUAAUUUAAUUUUAAAUUAAAGUAUUAUGAAAUGACUGGUUACAUAAAUAGCCUAUAUAAUUAAAUUAUUUACAUCAGUAGAACUUACACUCAGGUCAUGUGUAUUAGGGAUGUCCCGAUCCGAUAUUUGGAUCGGAUCGGCCGCCGAUAUUUGCAAAAAAAUGCGUAUCGGCAAGGCAUGGGAAAAUGCCGAUCCAGAUCCAGUUUAAAAAAAAACUCCGGUCCGUGUUUUCCAACGCACCGAUUUAAAUAAUACAUUCCACUUUUCUGCUGCGCCCUAAUUUCCGUUCCGCAUUUUCCAGCACACCUUCAACACAUCCACAGGUCUGUGGAUUCUCACGCAGUUGCUUUUAGCUGCUGGCAUUACACGACAGGCUCUUCACUCUUUCCUGUGUCUCCCUCUCACAAACAGACAAGCGCACCUUCUUACACACGUCACAUACUGUCUAGUCAUACGUCACAUACGUAUACGCCCUCGCAGACCAGAGGUAGCAGCAUGGCUAACGUUAGCUGUGAUGCUAGCGCAGCCGUGCGAGCAACCUUCCCUCAAAGGUGCGCGCCUGCGCAAUUGCGCACUGCUCACGCGUCCUCUGCGCACGGCAAAUCUAUGCCACGCACAAGAUCAAAUUAAAAAAUAAGCGCAUAACAAUUUCCGACACACGGACACGACAGAGAAAACAGUUUUCGUCAUCAUUGUUCAAAUAUUGUAACGUCUGUCGAGACGCUUAUCUCCAUUCGGUGCCACACGUCUACACCAUCAAAAUGCUGAGGCAAACAUUUCCAGAUCAACACCGUAUGAAAAAAACAGUGAUUUUUUUAGUUGUGAUUUCCUUCUCUGCGUGAAAGUUUAAAAGUAGCAUAUAUUAAUGCAGUAUGAAGAAGGUUUUAAUGUAAACACAUAGAAUCAUCAUACUGCUGUGAUUAUAUGCAUCAAGUGUUCAUUCAGGGCUAAGGAAAAAUAUCGAGAUAUAUAUGGUGUAUCGCAAUAUGGCUUUAAAAUAUCGCAAUAUUAAAAAAAGGCCAUAUCGCCCAGCCCUAGUUCAAUGAUGCCAUUUUUGUUUGUCAUGUAUAAUUUUGUCUAUUUUGUGUUUAUCCUUGAAUAAACAGGUCAGCUUCUUGUUACCAACCAUUGUGUACUAUUCAAACUCCCCUAAUUCAGCUGGCUAGUUGUUAUCAAGAUUACUAAAACCCUUUUCAACAUGAUUCUGACAACUAAGUAGGCUAAAUAACUUUAAACUUUAAUACAUGCUCAGAUAGGCCAGUAUCGGUCAGUAUCGGUAUCGGAUCGGAAGUGCAAAAACAAUAUCGGUAUCGGAUCGGAAGUGCAAAAACCUGGAUCGGGACAUCCCUAAUGUGUAUAUAAUAAAAUUAUUUACAUCAGUAGAAUUUACACUCAGGUCAUGUGUACAACAUAAUUUCGCCACACCUAGUGUGUGUGUGACAAUCAUUGGUACUUUAACUUUAAAUACACGUAUACAGAGUUAAAAUAGAUGACAGUAACAAUUAUUUAUAUACAGUAUACCUGUAGGUACGUAUUGUUCAAUUUAUAUCCAAUGCCUUUGGGGCAAAACAUUACCUGGUCCACUCAAAAUGUAAUUAAUCCCUCCACUUUUUUUCUUUUUUUUUCCCAAAGACAGGAAACUAAUUCCUUCCCCCUUUUCGUUUUCACCCUCCAAAAUUGUGUCUAAUGUUCUUGGAAUGAAAAGCGCUGUCUCCAAUGUAUAGUUGUUUUGUAUUAACUCUUGAAAUGCUCCCAAUAAAUCAUCUUUGAUCACUAAACAACCAACUAAUUUCAUUCUCCGCAUGCCGUACUAAUUACUGCACAUUAUAAAUAGAAUUUCUGCAAGUGAGUAAUUGGCUUGCGUGAUGUUCCUUCGAAACAAUAUCCUACUACAGCAGCAAACACGGGAAGAGUCCAAAUGAAAUGAACAUG